GGACCCCUGAAUAUGGUACUGAAAAUGUUUGUUUUGAAACGAACACAGGGCCGCGUCCAACUCAAGCCGCUCUCUCACCGGUACUGCUGCCGCUCAACAAGACCAACCAACAUCUGUGAAUAGCAACAGCCUUGUCAUUUUUCUCUCGCUCUUUACCUUUCUUUAAAGCUGAAAAAAACAACACUUAAUUGUACAUACAUCUCUGAAUCGCGCUCGUUGACUACCCCAAAGAGCCUAGCAUCGUCUGAAACGCCCGCGACUUUUAUAGUACUUGACACUUGCUUGGCUAAGUAUCAGUCUAUCCCCUCCUCGGCAGCUCCCCCCAAAACAUCAACUUGAAACCUCAAAAUUACGGCUAUCGCCCGUUUGAGCGCUCUUAAACCUCCUCCUCCGCCUACACAGGCUUCAUAUUCCCCAGGGACGAUCUUCACCCGGUGACACUGGAGGAAGGAAGAUUAGCAGGGGCUCCAGAGGACAAUCAACACCACCACGCGCUGUUCCUUCACAAGCCCAACCAAGCAAGCCAAGCCGUGGAGUAUUACGACUUGCGACGUGCUCAACCCUGCACUCUACAGAAGCUGACACUCUUUACCCAUGGCGUAUAAUCGUUUAGGUCCGCAAGGCCAGGGCCGCAACGACAAUUACGAAAUGGAUCCUCGAAAUAACCGCAUGAACUCGCCGGGUCCCAACCAAGGCAACCAAGGGUAUCACCUCGACGAUGAUCCAUACGGUGGAAGACAGCAGUCACCAGGACCGGGGAGACUAGAUAUCCCAAUGGGUCCUGGACCUGGUGGAAGACGGACACCAAGUGACAGACUUGCGUCGCAGCCAACAUACUCCGUUGAAAACAUUGACAACUCAUUCGGACACAACGAGCAUUACGACCAGCGUCAUCCCUUAGAGGACAGGAAUUAUCAGCACGACUAUGCGCUCAACCCAGAAGAUCACCAUGAUGCAUACUAUCAACAGCCUUACGAGCCUUCCCCACAUGAUGGCCACGCUCUCGCCGACUACCCCCAUGACGACGGCUACUUCAACGAUCAGGAUGACAACAGACCGAUCCUCGGAGGAGGAGGAGGGAGUGAAGCCUACGGGCAAGACCCUCAUGCCGCUCCUGGAUACGAUGGUAACCACACUCCACAACCCCCACCACAGCCGAUCAAGCGAUGGAAGACCGUGAAGGAAGUACAGCUCUUCGAGGGAAAUCUCGUCCUCGAUUGCCCAAUUCCACCGAUUCUCCUGAACAAGGUGCCCCAUGCGCCACCACCUGAGCGUGAUGAGUUCACCCAUAUGCGUUAUACCGCAGCGACCUGUGACCCGGCAGAAUUCUUCGAGGACAGAUUCACUCUGCGCCAGAAGCUCUUCGCAAAGCCUAGACACACGGAACUCUUCAUUGUGGUCACCAUGUACAACGAAGAUGAUGUGCUUUUCGGACGAACCAUGAGCGGUGUGUUCAAGAACAUCGAAUAUAUGUGCUCGCGCAAGGAUAGCAAGACAUGGGGUCCUGAUGCGUGGAAGAAGAUUGUCGUCUGCAUUGUUAGCGAUGGUCGUUCGAAAAUCAACCCGAGAACGAAGGCCGUGCUCUCUGGAAUGGGAGUCUACCAGGACGGAAUCGCCAAGCAGCAAGUCAACGGAAAGGAUGUCACGGCGCAUAUUUACGAGUAUACCACUCAGACCGGUAUCUCAGUCAAGGGAGAUGUUGUGACGCUGAGACACAAGCAACAGCCAGUCCAGAUCCUUUUCUGUCUGAAGGAGAAGAAUCAGAAGAAGAUCAACUCCCACAGAUGGUUCUUCCAGGCAUUCGGAAGAGUUUUGGACCCCAACAUUUGUGUUCUUAUCGAUGCGGGUACCAGACCUGGUAAAGACUCCAUUUACCAGCUGUGGAAGGCCUUCGAUCUUGAGCCAAAUUGCGCUGGAGCUUGUGGUGAGAUUAAGGCUAUGUUGGGACCUGGAGGCAAGAACCUCAUGAACCCACUGGUUGCGACUCAAAACUUCGAGUACAAGAUGAGUAAUAUUCUGGAUAAGCCUUUGGAAUCAGCGUUUGGUUUCAUUUCCGUGCUCCCCGGUGCCUUCUCGGCAUACAGAUAUGUUGCGCUGCAAAACGAUAAGCUCGGCCAAGGACCACUCGAGAAGUACUUCGCUGGAGAGAAGAUGCACGGUGCCAACGCCGGUAUUUUCACGGCCAAUAUGUACCUUGCCGAGGAUCGUAUUCUGUGUUUCGAGCUGGUCUCGAAGAGGAAGUGCCAUUGGGUUCUACAAUACGUCAAGUCUGCUACCGGCGAGACCGAUGUCCCAGACACCAUGGCCGAGUUGAUUCUGCAAAGACGUAGAUGGCUUAACGGUUCCUUCUUCGCGGCCAUCUACGCCAUCACGCAUUUCUACCAGCUGUUCAGAAGCGACCACAGCUUCUUCAGGCAGAUCGCAUUCUUGAUCGAGUUCUUCUACCAGACUAUCAACAUGAUCUUCGCUUGGUUCGCCAUUGGAAAUUUCUACUUGGUUUUCCGCAUCUUGACUACAUCUCUUGGUUCCCAAAAUCUGCUGGGAAAUGUUGGCAGGAUUCUCGCCGACGUCUUCCAAUGGCUCUACGCCGCUACUCUACUAUCCUGUUUCGUGCUGGCUUUGGGUAAUAGGCCUCAGGGUUCGGGUGUCUUCUACAUGACUAUGGUUAUUUUCUGGGUCUUCAUCAUGGCAUACCUCAUGUUCGCCUCCGUCUUCAUCACCGUAAAAUCGAUCCAACACGAGCUCGACCUCAACACCACCUUCUCCGUCAGCGAGCUCUUCAAGAACCAAAUCUUCUUCACCCUAAUCGUCUCCCUCGUCUCGACCUACAUCCUCUGGUUCGUCGUGUCCUUCCUCUUCUUCGACCCCUGGCACAUGUUCACCUCCUUCCUCCAAUACCUCGCCCUCACCCCAACCUACAUCAACAUCCUCAACGUCUACGCCUUCUGCAACACCCACGACAUCACCUGGGGAACCAAAGGUGACGACAAAGCCGAGAAACUGCCCUCCGCAAAGGUCAAGGCGGACGGUAAGGUCGACGUGACUAUCCCCACCGACGACGCCGAUCUCAACCAGCAGUACCUCAGCGAGGUGAACGUGUUUGCCUCCAAGGCACCGCCGGAGAAGCGCGUGUUUUCCGCGAGCGAGAAGCAGGAGGAUUAUUAUAAGGGGUUCCGUUCGAGUGUUGUGCUGAUCUGGAUGGGUUGUAAUAUUGCGCUUGUGGCGGUGGUGUUGAGUACAGGGGGUGAGAGUAAUUUGACGCUUGAUGGUGCGACGGCGGAUAACUCGAAGGCGAAUACGUAUAUGGCUGUUGUGCUGUGGUCGGUGGCGGGGCUGUCGGCGUUCAGAUUCUUGGGCGCGAUGUGGUUCCUGGUUGUGAGGAUGUUUAGGGGAGUAUAAGUUGGCGACGAGUUCGAUGAUGGGGGUGGGUUGUGUGUGUUUAUAUUGUGUAUUUUGUGUAUUGCAUAUACAUAACGAUCUUGAGCGGUUCUUUUUUCGUUUUUUUUGUAGUUGAUAACGUGGAGUGGGGAUGGAGGGAGGGAGUGGAGGGUGGGUGUUGCAUGUGUAAUGAUUAUUUGUUGUCCGAUA